AUGAAAUGUCAUGUACCAGGCCCUAACGUGAAAGUUUUAGCUCGAACUGUUCAUGCUCUUGCAAGAUUUGGUGAUGAACUCUACCUGGAAUCUCUUCCCGACCGUAUACUGUUAAGAACUCUGAAUGCAGCUGAAUCUGCAUAUGCUAUGGUAAAAUUUAAUAAGAACUUCUUCUCUUACUUUAACUACAACUAUUAUUCCACGGAAGAUAAUGAAGGACUGAAGUGUAAAAUAUUCAUGAAAUCGGCGCUAAAUACGUUCAAGUCUCCUACACACUUAGACAAGCAAGUUGAAAAUCUAGAAAUCAAACUAGAUCCCGAGUCCUGUAAGUUAAUAUUCCAGUUGAAGUGCAGACAUGGCAUUGUCAAAACACACUUCGUAUCAAUAUUAGAUUGUAAAGCAAUGCAAGCAGUAUAUACAAAAGAUACUGUACCAAAUAGGAUAACUUCUCCACAGAGAAUACUAUCAGAUGCUCUCAGUAACUUCCAAAGCUCAGAUGAUCAAGUGACUCUUGAAGCAACCUCAAUGUCUCUCAUAUUAAGAAAUUACAUAGACUGUAGUGCAGAUCUGACAAAAAUUAUUAGAACACAGAUUAGCUUGAAGCCUGCAGAAUUUGAUAGCUACUUGAUAGGAACCGAAACUGUCAUUACAUUCUCACUCAAGGAGUUUAGAGCACUGCUUACAUUCUCUGAAGCCCUCAAUUUGCCUCUACAGCUACAUUUUGAGACUACUGGAAGACCCGCGGUUUUUAUUGUACAUAAUGGCACUACAUUUGAAGCACACUUUGUGUUAGCUACAACUAAGCCUGAUAAUGCAUCACAAACUACAACAACACAGAAUACUAAUAUAGAAAGAAACAAACGAAAAGACACCAGUGGUACACAAGGUUCUGCUCAGAAAAAGCCUCAUCUAGAUGCAGACAUAUCAAAACGUUUAGAUGAAGACUCACAUUUAUUUAAUUUUGUAGAUAUACCAGGUGAUAAUGAAAUAAUUUUAAGUAAUAAAUUAAAUGGUAAUCAUAGUAUAAACACAAAUAAGACUGUGAAUGAUCUAAUGGACUGUGAUAAUAUUCCUGCUUCGCCUGCUGCCAGAACUAUGAUUAAGUCUGUGUUUAAGAGGUGUUUUGAAAGCACUUUUGAUCCAAGGAGCAUUCAAGGUGCAGUACUAGCGGAGAAUUCAGACAGUGAUUGA